GCAGGCUCUCAUCAGCUAUGGCCUAUUUUUCUAAGAUCGCCUUCCAGCAUCUACCAUUCAUUGUUCACUGAUUCCCCAUGCCGCCUGGCUGACCUUCAACGCACGCCUGUAACUUGGAAGCUCAGCUUAUUUGCUGUAUAAUGGCGGCAUCUGGUACUCUCUCGUGCUCUCGAGAUAGCAUCAACCCCAACCUGAACACGAAGGCCAUGGGCACCAAGAACACGGCAUGGCACAACAAGAACCCGACGCCAACAAGAGUCGGCAGGGCCGGUCAGGGAGGCUGCAACUUAUAAGCUUGAGAAUCCAGUUACCGCCGCGACAGCAUGGUCGGGCGAAACGAGCAGUCUCCCCGGCCAUGUCCCCAAACGGAGAUAAUAAAGAGACGAUGGGAAGUGCUCACGCCAUUUAUGCAAACACAGUGGACACCGACGAGCAUUGCGACUCAAGGGCUGAGACAUCUUGGUCAGGAGGCAAGACUGCACGGCACACAAAUCCGGGUACGGUACGCGUACGCCGGCUGCUUCCACCGACGAGAGCUCUCUGCCGUCUUGGGGAUGACGCAGCAGCGCCUCCCAUCGCAGCUCGUCUUGCGCAUCCGGUACGAACUUUUCUGCCUCGAAUACUGUGGAUGAAUUCGGAUGACCCGUGAUGUUUGGACCAAUUCCGCUGGGCAGGGACGCCGUCAUCCACUUGUUUGAGAUGCCACGACCUUGUUUCGGCCAAGGUGAAGAUCCAAAACACCAGGAGCCCGACAUAGCCCCGGUGCCCUUGUUACGCCGCCCACGCCGCCCAUUCACCGGGGCAAGUGGGGGCUUACGGGACUCCCAGGCCUCGCGGCCUCGAGGCGAUUUUUUAUGCUUGUGCCAAUCGAUAAUGAGACGAAAUGAUCGGACGGCAGGCCAGCCACUCAAGUUCGGCUCAGUGGGUAGGGCGGCUGUAAGGCUCUGCUCUUGGCGUCUAGCAUUUGUCGGAAAACGGGGGGCCUGCCAAGCACCUCGUCCGUCAGGAAUGGGAAUAACUUCAAACCGUACACGAAUGCCCCUCAAAGCAACUUCCUCUUUGAGCGAAUGGGCGUCUUAGAUCGGGGUGCCCUCAGCCCCGAGGUGGUCAUGAUGCGCAAGCGACGGCAUAACCAUGGUACAUCACAUCACACCCCACGGUCGUGGGCAGGAUUUACGACUACCCUGCGAGGUUUGUCAGCACAGCUUGAGGCUCAUGAGCCGCCCUGAUCAAAUAUCAGGCAAGGGACCGCUCCUCAAGCGUGUGUGCGGUCAUGUGCCAUUUCUGCUUCCUGUACCUUCUUUUCUCUCUAAUUGUGUCGGUCAUUUUCAAAUACGACGUUGCUGUGGAACGGCAUAUUCCCUUCCCUUUAAAUUCGACCCAUAUCCUGUCGUUGAACGACUAUUAAGAGUUUAAUACUUGACCACCCUGGCAUUAACAUCACUGGCUUACACUCUCGGGCAAUCGAAUAUGCUUUUUGUCGGGGUCAUAGGUCUGUUGGGGGCAGCCGUAAGCGCCUACCCGCAGAUUGAGGUUAUUUCCACGGAUGCUGUCUCGAGAUCUGGGAGGAGAUUUGUCAUACGCCGCAACGUCGUUCCGAAAGUUAAGAGGGCCAACCAGGUCAUACCAGUAGUGGUAGGAGGACCGCAAGACACAUACGUUCCCAAUGUUGUGACCGCUGCGGUCGGCGACGUUGUGCAAUUCCAGUUCAGCAAUGGCAAUCACACUGUUACGCAGAGCGCGGCCGAUCAGGGCUGUACUCCCCUCCAGGCCACAGUACCUACUGCCGUCCACUCGGGACACAUUCCAUUCCAGGAUGGGCAGCAGGAGGUUGGCACAUUCAACCUCGUCGUCUCCAACACCGAGCCGAUGUUCUUGUACUGCGCAACCGGACCACACUGCCAAGAAGGCCAGGUCAUGGUCAUCAACCCACAAAACGUGAACCAGGUCGUCGACUACGCCAAAGUAAGCCAGGCCACCACAAAGAGUACAGAUGGCACAACGGUGGUGGGUGGGGCCGUCGGCCAGAUAGCACUGGGCAACGCGGCUUUCGUGCCUGCGGCUGCAAAGCAAGCAGGAGGGGCGCCACCUGGAGCCCCUCCGGCUGAAGCUGCUCCUCCCGCCGAGGCAGCUCCUCCUGCUGAGGCCGCCCCUGCUGAGGCCGCGCCGCCCGCGCCGCCCGCCGAGUCUUCGCCUCUCCCUGCAGCCGCUCCUGCCGAGGCUGCGCCCCCAGCCGAGGCGGCGCCAGCCGCUUAAAUUCCCACUCCCGAGGUCGAAAGUGGCCAGUGAGUUGUCCCAGUGGUUCUUGAACACAUUCGAUGCUCGAUGACGAUGGGCGAGCCAAGGACAAGCAUGCUUUGGAUUGGCUAUUUUUAUGGCGCGGCAGGUCGUCGUUAGCGAGAUAUAUAUGGGUGUCCUCCUGCAGCGCGUGCCCAGUGUGUUUGUGUGUCAUUCGUUGUACAUACAUCUGGAAUCACAUCUAUGUCCUGUGGGUCACCUUGCCGCGCUUUGCACAGGCUAGCCCUGACUCGGGCAUGCUGUCACACAGUCAGUCAGUGGAUCACUGCCGGAAUAGAUAGUACAUAAUCUGAGAUCCAAUUCUCCGGGAAGGCUGGGUCGACGCCUGGCCGGCUAGGUUGAGAUCGAAACUGGAGACAACCGAGAUAGAGCAUGUCGUUGUCAACGGAGAAUCCCGAACUCCCAUGAGCCAGACUCGACCACAGAAUCUCGACUGAUGUGUGGCUGGUUGAGGCCUUG